AUGGUUGCCGUGUACAACUACAGCUACGUCGCCAAGCUCAUUAUUAUCGGCGACAUGGGCUGCGGCAAGAGCUCGCUGCUUCGCCAAUUCACAGAAGACACCUUUUUUGGCACACGGAUUAUCGAGGUCGAGGGCGAGCGCAUAAAGAUUCAGGCCUGGGAUACUGCUGGUCAGGAGAGGUCUGUCACCCGCAGCUACUACCGCGGAUCCAUCGGAACCAUCGUAGUCUACGACAUUACAAACCGCGAAUCGUUCGAGAACCUAGAGAGCUGGCUCGGUGACGCACGACAACUGACAGCGCCGCAUUCGAUUUUUGUGCUUGUCGGCAACAAGGCCGACCAGGAUGCACGGCGCGUUGUUUCGUACGAUGAGGGCGAAGCGUUCGCCAAGACCAACGAUAUGCUGUUCGUCGAGGCCAGCGCCAAGACCGGCGAGAAGGUCAAGGCGACGUUUGAGGAUUUGGCAGCGAGGAUACUGGCCCUCGUCAAGGAUAACAUCAUCGAUACAUUGUCGCCAGACUCGGGCGUACAGAGCAAGAAGCCCCUGGAUGCCACCAAGAACCCAAGGGCUAUUAGAGUCGACAACACGCAGGCGUCGGGGUCCAUGUUUGGCGGCUGCUGCUAGAUUUCUGUUCCAUGAAUUUUUCCUUCCACCUGGUUCCUAAAUACUUCACCUGUUCUAUUGCUCAUGUGCACACACGACG